CUGAACGUCUUCCCUCAUGUAUUUUUCAUGCUGUUAAACCCUCUCCGGUCGGCCCGUGCAGCUCCGGGCUCCCCUCUGACGGCAUUCAUGGACCCGAACCCUCCGCUGCCUGCUCCUGUUUAACGGCAGCUCUUCACCCUCCUGGAUACGAGCCCAGAACUCUCCCCUUCUUCUCGUCUCUCCCGUCCUCCCCGCGCCAUGCCGUUUGGCGCCAACGCAAAGACGGGGUUCUCCGUGCGGGACAUCCUGGACCUUCCCGACUCGACGGGGAGAUGCGGGUCCGGGACCGAAGAGACCGAGGAGGACGACACCGAGGAGGCCUCCACGGAGGUGUCAGGCGGCCGGGGCUUGUGUGAGCGCGCCGGUGAGCGUUUGGGCACGUGGAGCAGCACACCCGGUAACCUGCCCUUUUCACUGCACGGGCUGUCCUUGGAGCCUCGCGCCGAUCCCAAAUCCCCGGAGCUGUCUACGGAUGAGUCCCCAGACGCAGAGCGGGACGCGCGGUGCGCUCGGGAACAGAAGGCGCGCGGCAGGAAGCGGCGCGUGCUCUUCUCCAAGGCGCAGACCUUCGAGCUCGAGCGCCGCUUCCGACAGCAGCGCUACCUGUCUGCCCCGGAGAGGGAACAUCUGGCCGGGCUGAUCCGCCUCACGCCGAACCAGGUGAAGAUCUGGUUCCAGAACCACCGCUACAAGAUGAAGCGCGCACGCGCCGGGCACAGCGUGGACGCGCUGCAGCUGCUGUCGGCCCGCCGGGUCGCCAUCCCGGUGCUGGUGCGGGACGGAAAGCCGUGCGGCCGGGCUGCAGCCAGCGAGCUGGAGGCGACGCUGAGGUCCGGCCUGAGCCUGCCGCUCUGCGCCUACUCCCCCCUGCUGCACCCCGCAUACGGCCCGGAGCAGCAUCCGGGGGUGCAGCAGCUGGCGCACGUGUACCAUUGGGCCUGGUGAAGCCCGGCGUAAGACUUGUGCGUGCCCUCUUCGUGAGAUCGUAACCGGCCUUCUGCCCUGUCAGAAUAUCAUAAAAACCGCUUCGGCCUCGAAGUGAAAUCCGUGUUUUUUGAAAGGAGUUUGGCACAAAUUUUAGAGCGUUUAAUUCUUGUAACCAAGGAAACGAGUUCACACAUGUUCAUCUUCUUUGGUGUCUUUGGUGACCUCGCUCAGACGCGCGAGCCGUCUAAAACUACCCCGCCCCCUGUAAGAUAGAACUGAUCACAGCAAAUGUUUUAGCAGUUUUUGUGCGAUUUAUUCUGAUGUCGUUUACGUUGUGUUCGCUGCAACAACA